AUGAACAUCGACUCGCUGCUGCAGUCGUCGCCCUCGGACGACCAUGCGACACGUCGGUCAAAGGCGCCCCCGCCUCCGCCUCCCACACAACAACAACAACAACGGCCCCCGCUAUCGUCGACCUCGCAGCCCCAGCCACCUCUGCCCUCUCAGCAGUCACGCGCGUACUACCCCGCCCCGCCCAGCCGCGGCCCUCCACCCCCAUCCUCCUUCGACCUGCGCGAUACCGGCCGGCCAACACGUGAGCGUGAGCGCGAUAGGGAGCGCGAUAGAGAUAGAGAUAGGGAAAGGGACAGAGGAGAGCGAGACAGGGACAGGGAUAGUAUACUGUACGCGCCCGUCAACGAGCCUUCGCCGAUGUACACCCCGCCCACAUCCUCGGACCCCGGCCCGAUCCCGGCCCGCGGCGGACAGCGCCAGCAUCAUCAGCAUCCUCCUCCGCCUCCGCCACUUCCCUCUCAACAACACGUCCACCAGCAUCACCCGUCACAGCAGCAGCAACAUUCGCACGCGGGUGUUGUGCCGAUGAGCGUCACGGUCGAGAGGAGGCAUCAGCAUCGGGCUGGGCAUUCACAUAGCCAUAGUCACAGUCAGCCACCCGUUCAGCAAGGAGGAGUUGGAAUUGGAGGAGGGGGGCACGGGCACGGGAGUGGGAGUGCGCCGCCCAGCCGCGAGAGGGAGCGGGAGCGGGAGAACAGAAUGGUCGACACGGCCGUCGGGAUGGACGUCGACCUGCCGCCGCACCAGCACCGGCCGAGCCUGAGCCCGCACAGGAUCACGCACGGCCAUGCGCACGCUCAUGCGCACGUCCACCACGGACAGGUACACACGCAUACGGCGCACGUGCACCAUCCGCGCGCGAGCACGUACGCCGACGCGCCCGCGCAUCAUGUACAUCCCCAUCCCCACCAGCCACAGACGCAUUCGGGACACGCGCACGUUUUACCACAACAACAUCAACAUGUCCAGCAGCAGCAGCAGCAGGCGGCACAGCCUCCACGUCCUCCAAGUCCGCCCAAAGCGAUAAAACACCUCGGAACAUACACGUACCCCCUCACGCCCUUCCCCUACCCCUUCUCCGCGCGCGACAUCGGGUGCGCGGUCCGCCUCACGCUUAUAGUCCCGCGGCGCGCGCUGCCGGACGACGCGUACGCGCCGAGGAUAUGGGGCGGGUGCGCGGGCGAUUUGGAUCGUUUGAAGAGUGGAGGGGGAGGGAGAGGGCAGGUGUAUACGGACGACAGCGAUGUCGUGGGCGCGGCUGUGCAUGCGGGGUUCGUGAGGUGGUCGACGCUCAUUCAAGCGCGCGAGCACGGUGCAGAUCUCGCUCUAGACCUUGAGCUCCGUCCGGACGUCGUACGAUACGUCGGUGGUGUGGGCCGGGCGUAUGCGGGGGGUCUGGAGGGUGAGGACGAGGUCGUGGGCGUGAAAGAGGAGGGGAAGAAAAGGAACGGGCACGGGCAUGGGCAUUAUGGGAGGAAAGAUGAGGAGGAGGACGAGGAGGAUGAUGGGAGGGGCGUUGUCAGUGCUGGGUGGGGGAACGGGCAUGAUGGGGCUGGGUUCGAGAUUUUGAGGGCGAGGUUGAUCCCGACGGGUUCGGCACAUGGGACGCGCAGAGCGAGGACUCUAAGGUUGAAAGAGUACGCGCUUCGACGCGCAGAGAUGAUGCUCACGCCGCGGACGAUGAAGCGCGGGUACCCUUUCGGCGAGGACGACGAAGAAGACGCCUACGGUCCCGAAGCCCUCGCGCGCAAAGCCGCCCUCGUCCUCCCGAAAGCAAUGGAGCCCGAAGCUAAACCCACGAUCCUCCUCUCGUCAUCAUUCGGCUGGGAAGGCAACGUGUACCGCUACGACCCGACCCAUCUCCGCACAGCCCUCUUCCCCCCACCACCCCCAAAGCGCACGCGCAAGAGACCCAGACGCGACUCCUCGUCCUCCCAUACAUCUAACUCCGCCCAAACCUCCUCAAAUCCUCCACGCACAGUCAUACUCGAAACCGCAUGCGAGCGCUUCGCCGUUAAACCCGCUUCUGCAUCUGUAUCGGGUGGCGACAGCGGUGGACGCUGGGAGAUCGUGCUAUUAGGACGCUUCGGCAAAGCAGCGGGCUUCCCGCUGAGCCGCGCGAACUCUGAUUAUGGGGGCGCAUCUCCUCUUCCCCGUUCGCCUUUGAACGGCGACUCGCCCUCAACCUCUCAACAUUCGCUCCUCACGCCCUACACAAACUCGAACAACCUCACAGCCGGCCCUCCAACCCCCAACGGCGAACCCAGCUCAAACGGAAACGGAUCGGGCUCCGGAUUACCGCCCGAAUACCCCUCGCACGACCUCACGCGCUCCUCGUUCGCCUUUGCGCCCGACGAGCUGCGUGUGCUGGGUCCGCCGGAGCCGCGGACGGGCGCGAGGGCGGGGUGGGCGUUGGAUGUUAGACGGUGGUGGAUUGAGGCGCCUGCUCCUACUCCGACGUCGACGGCGUUGGAUGUUGUGGCGGAGGCGGAGGAAGGAGGGGAGCAGGAGAAGGAGGGGAAGGAAGGGGAGAGGGACGUGCGGAUGGACGUCACGGAGGGCGACGCGGAAGUUGUGGGGUCUGGGAUAGGCGGGGCGCAGGUGCCUGAGCCCGUAUCCGAGCAGACUGCAACGAUCGAGCGGGCACCCGUGAGAGGAGCGGAAGGCGCUGUCGUGCCGAGCGCUGCUGCAGCCGCCGAUCCCACCCCACCCGCCUCGAUUGCCCAUGAGCAGGCGACCGCGCAGGAGGAAGAGAGGGACGUCGUGCCGCCGGGGAUGAUCCCGCCUCCGUCGACCGAGGCGGAGGUGCAGAGUAGCGCGCAGAUUGCAGAGGAGCCUGCCAGCGCGAGUGGCGCCGUCGCCGAACCCGCCAUCAUCCCCUCAACUUCCGAUGCUGCAGUACCACAACCACCGCCCGCGCCCGCGCCGGCAGAUGUCCCCUCGGCAUCCCAUCCGGGCGAAACCGUGAACACGGCAACGAAGGAUGCUGGCGCGGCGGAGGCGCAAGCGGACAAACCCGCCAGCCCGAUAGACGCUGCGCGCGCGAUGGGGUUCGAGCCUGCCUCCGCACCCGCCGUUUCCGUUCCCGCUUCUACUGCUGAAGGAGAGGGAGGGCCGGCGACGGUGCUUGCGCCCGUUCCAUCGACUUCUGGACCCUCUGCACCGGUCUCUUCCGCUCCCGUGCCACCUGUUGCCACAGGUGAGGACGUCGAAGACGGCGAGAUCGCGUCGUCGAAUGGAGAGGCGCCGCCGCCGAUUGGGGAGACUGCUAGUGCUGCUGCGCCUAGUCUUAUGGGCGCGGGAGGUGCGGGGGUGGGGAUGGAUGUUGAUGCUUGA